AUGUAUGGUUUUGAGAACGAGCCACUCGAGCUUCAUCUACUUGCUGCCAAGAGGAUCUUGAGGUAUUUGGCAGGGACCCUGGACUAUGGUUUGGAGUUUUCGCCAUGCACAGAAUCACUUCGCAUUAUAGCGUUUGUAGACGCAGACUGGGCAGGCUGUGUUGAUGAUAGACGAUCCAUGUCCGGACAUUGUGUUCUUGUAGGCAACAACGUUGUGUCAUGGAAUACUAGAAAACAAAAAGUUGUGUCGAGGUCAACCAUGGAGGCCGAGUAUCGAAGUCUCACGGAUGUUGCUGCUGAAGUUACCUGGAUUAAUGCCCUUCUUCACGAUCUGAGUGCUGCAAAUCGAACCACCAAUCAUCUGGUGUGA